AUGGAAGAGGAAAAAUUAAUACGAAAGAAAAAGAAAGCAUUGAAUGGAAGCAACAGGCGUAAUUUAGCAGAGGCUUGUAAUGAUUUGGCUACAUUUUAUUAUAAACAUAAUCGGUAUAGUGAUGCACUCGAAGAGUAUAAAAAUGAAGCUGCUGUCGUCAAAGAUCUGGGCCUACGAAUGGAAUGGGGCACUUGCAAUCGGAUGAUUGGUGAAAUGUAUAUGUUGUUAGCAGAAUUUGAUAAAGCUCUCAAAUACGAGGAGCGGCAUUUAGCUGUAGCAAAAGAAUUGAACAACCUGGUUGAGGAGCAAAGAGCUAUGGCAACUCUUGGUCGUAUAUAUUUAUUGCAAGGUCAGAGUUCUAACGAUGAGAAGGAAGCAAAAAUUUCUCUGACAGCUGCUGAAAAAGCGUUUAUGAAAAGCCUAGUUUUAUGUGAAAAAUUAAAUGGUAAAAUCACAAAGAGUGAACUGAUGGAUAUGCGUGCGCGUCUCUUGCUCAAUAUUGGAGUAGUUCAAGAACAUCUGGGAUGCUUAGAGAAGGCUUUAGACUGCAUCAACAAAGCCAUAACCAUUUGCUCCAAUCAAGACUUAUAUGAUGUCCUACAUAAUUGUUAUGCAUCUGAAGCUUCACUAUACAGUAAUAAACAGAAAGAUUUUGCUAAAGCUUUAAGUUGUUUAAAUAAAGCUUUGGAAGUUGCUAGCCGGCUAGAAGACAAGGUUCUUAAAACAUGUGAAACACUAUCAGCCAAAGCAGAUAUUCUCUGUAAAAUGUCAGACUAUCAGAGUGCUAAACAAGUUCUAAUGAAAGCUUGGAAACUGAAUACACCUGAUGAAGAAGAAAGAGAAAAUAUCGAGUCUAACCUGAAAGUUGUUGCAGCUAUGUGCUACACAGAAGACCUUCUCAUUUCAACUGAUCCUUCUGACCACAUCACUUUCAAGAAAUUGUACGAGAAACUUGGCGAUGGAGCGUGUCAUCUUCGCAACUACGCGGGUGCGGUGGAAUAUUACUUAAAAAUGUUGGACCAUGCGGAGUUAGCUGGUGACUGCGGGAAAACUCUUAUUCCGAUUUACGUCAGCCUCUAUCAAACUUACAAAGACAUGGGUUGUUAUAAUGAAGCACUUCAAUACUAUGACAAGGAAUACGAAUUAAUUAAAGAUGUUCCUAAGGAGGCUUACACUACACUGUUCAACAUUGCUGAAGUACUGUUUUUAGCUAAGAAACCAUACAGUGAAAUUGAGAAGGCAUGUCUUGAAGCAAGGAAAGCAGCAAGGGAUUGGAACAAAAAGAAAUAUGAAAUCAGAGUACUAAAGAGUCUUUUAAAAUAUCAAGAGGAAUAUUUUGAGACUGAUAAAAUGGAACAAACUAAGGAAGAGUUAAGGGCUUUAGGCUAUGAUAACUUUGACAACCUGGACAAUUCUGAAGAUGAACAGAGCUCUCCUGGUGUUUGCGAUGAAGAUACUACUCAUAUUGGCGAUGAUAUUUGUCUUGAAGACUUGACAGAUCUCUCAGACACCAAUGAUGAAGAUGUAACAGAAACUAAAAGAGAUACCAGAAGAAGAGGGAAAGGCUUUACAAUAAAAAAGAAUAUGAAAGGCGAAACACAACUGCAUGUUGCAUGCAUAUCAGGCAACAAACUACUAGUAGAGAGGCUACUUGCUAAAGGUCACCCAGUGAAUGUUAGAGACAAUGCCGGUUGGCUGCCAUUACAUGAGGCUUGUAUACAUGGACACUUGGACGUUGCUAAUAUAUUGAUUAAUAAUGGUGCUAAUGUAAAUGACAGAGGAGGGGCUAAUUGUGAUGGCAUAACACCUUUAUAUGACGCUGCUAGCAAUGGACACUUGGAAGUUGUGCAAUUGUUACUUGACAAGGGAGCUAUACCUUCACUCAAAACUGACUUCGGAGAGACUCCAUUACACGUUCUACAAAAGUGGCGCGCCGGAACUAUUCUAACAAGAGAUGAAGAAGUGUUAUACAAUAAUAUAUGCAAUAAAAUACAUAAUUUUAUCGAUAAAACUGCUGGGUCAGAUAUAAGAUUAAAUAGAUCUAAAUCUAAAACACCAGUUAAACCAAUCAAAGAUACAACUCCACCAAGUACAUCAAAAAUGACCAGUAGAAUUAGGGAAUUGAAUUCACCAGUAUUUAAAAGAAGGAAUAUCAUUGAUGAUGAUAGUGAUGAAGAAAUAAAUCUAUCUCAAAAUUUUAGAAAUCAAACUGCUUUUCCAUCCGAUGACUCUAACGAUUCCUCUGAUGACUGUGUACCGAAAAAUAAUAAAAAUGAGAGUAUGGGAGUUUUAGAGUACAGGAGCGCAAUAUCGGCUUUGAGAAAUAGAAAUGCAGAAUUUCCUGAAGUUGAUGUUAAAAAAACAAAACCAAAACCAAAACCGGCUCUGCUGGAUCAGAAUGAAGUUGACGACGACUGGUUAGAAGACGACGUCGGCAUAAAUAACAAGUCUAAGAAAAGAAAACUGAAUGAUCCCUUCACUGUAGCUCCUAAGAAAAAUCCCUUUGACAGUGUUAAAGAAAGCAUUGAAAAUAUUAACAAAAUUGAACCACUUGUGGACAACAACAUUAAUGACAGCUUAAGACAGAAAAAACCGCGAAUCAGUGACGUGUUCGACAUUAGCGAUAACAGUUCAGAAUCUGACAAUUAUCAAAGAAACGAAAAUAUAUGUCCGAGGAAGCAAGCAAUUGAAUCUAUGAGGAAUAUUACUCGAGAUUUAAAUGAAUCAAAAUCUAGAGAUAGCAGAGACAGUAUGAGAAGACGAUGGAAAAGGCAGAGCACAUUAUUAAAAGCUGGAUUUCAGAGGAAUAAAGACGAUUUUGACGAAUCUAGUAAUAGUGGAAGUGACAAUGAAUUGAUUUAUAGAAAUGUAAGACAUUCAACUCCAUCUGGAAAAUUGUCACGGAAUUCUUCCGGGGAAAAUUUUAAAAAUAACGAUAACUUUAAUAUGGUUCAAAGCAUGAAUCCAAAUAUCCUUCAACCAUUAAAUGUGAUGCAACCUAUUAAUAUUGUGCAAUCUAAAAAUGGGAGAGCAAUGCAGACACAAAUUUUACCACCUGCAGCUGUUAAGGUUCAUGUUGAAGAUAAAGUGUUCCUCAUCUCCCUUAAAUUAGACACAAUAAACAAGCUAUCUAUCAGCUGGCUGGUUGAAGAAGUUAAGUCGAGAUAUUACAAGUUAACAGGUGUCAGACCAGUGUUCAGCCUCAUGACGUCUGAUGGCGCGAUACUUUCGGAAGACGACCCCCUCAGCUUGGUAUUAGCAUCGCCUGAGCUAAAGACAUGUAUAAGCACUUGGAAGGCAUCGCCAGCUGAAGAGAGAUAUUUGGAAUGUUGUGAGGCCUUGGGAAUAGCCCCAUCGCAAGAAAUUCAACAAGCCGUCGGCAGAAGUCACACAACGCGUAGACUUGCACUGGGUGCAAACACUCUGUUCUCGUCACAAAUACGACCUUUAUUUAGGGCUCUUACACACCAAACUCAUAUAACUGCUAUAAUGGUAGCCAACAACAAUCUAGGAGAUGAUGGUAUGAAGUACUUAACUGAUACAAUCUGCACUAUGAAACAUUUAUCACAUUUGGAUGUCAGUUACAACAAUAUCACUAAUGAUGGAAUGAAAAUAUUAUUAAAUAUUUUUGAAAAAUCUACUCGCCCUAUCUGCCAAGCACUAGAAGAAUUGAUCCUAAGUGGAAAUCCAAUAGGAGAUGAAGGAUUCAAGUGUAUAAUCAAAAUCACUCAAUAUAUUAAGUUAAAAACGCUAAAAUUAAAUAGUUGCAGAAUAACUCACAGUAGUGUGAGUGAUGCUAAUAAUUUGAAAUUAAACUUCGAUAAUAUAGAAUCAAUUGAUUUAAGCAAUAAUGAUUUAAAACAAGUAAUGGUGAGUUUUCUCAUGACAUCUUUAAGUCCAAAUCACAUAAUAGAUUUGGAAUUAGACAAUAUUGGUGUAGAGGGCAAUGUAGCGGGAUGUAUCGCAAUGUUUAUGGAUUCAGCCAAAGAAUUGAAGAUAAGAAGAUUCGGCUUAUCAAAUUGUAAACUAGUCGAUGGGCAAUUUAUGAGGGUUUUUAGGAGUCUGAGUCGAGUGAAGCAUUUGCAAUCAUUGACUCUAAAGGAAAAUAUGCUAACAUUUAUCACACUAAAGAAAUUACUACAGCGGCAACCGCCUGUGCCGCAGAUAAACUUGGAAGGUUGUCAUGACAUAUUUAAAUUUUCACCAGACUCCGAUUUCCAAGUAUGGCUCCCAGCUAUUGACUUUGGAAGGUGCAUUCCUGAAAUAAAUGUUACACCAGUAUUAAAAUCGGACGAAGAAAGGGAAAGCUUUAAAUUGUUCUCUAAAACUUGGCUGACAUGUUUCAAAGGCAGAGGAGUUAUUGAGCAUUGUGAAGGCGGUGUUACGAAAUUCACUGCUAGAUGA